GAGAGCCUGAGAGUGGGGUGGCUGUGAGAUGUGUAAUGUUUGGCUGCAGAAGCCUGGUCUAACUCAGCAGUGACUUUUUCCUCCUCAACAGAUUGAAAUACUCUUAGGAAGGAGCAAAUGCCCAACAGCAGCUCCAUGCCCCAGUUCCUCCUCCUGGCACUCGCAGACAGGAGGGAGCUGCAGCUCCUGCACUUCUGGCUCUUCCUGGCCAUCUCCCUGGCUGCCCUCCUGGCCAACGGCCUCAUCCUCAGCGCCGUAGCCUGUGACCACCACCUGCACACCCCCAUGGGCUUCUUCCUGCUCAACCUCUCCCUCACAGACCUGGGCUGCAUCUGCACCACUGUCCCCAAAGCCAUGCACAAUUCCCUCUGGGACACCAGAACCAUCUCCUACAAGGGAUGUGCUGCCCAGGUCUUUUUGCUGCUCUUCUUCCUUGCAACAGAGUUUUCCUUCCACACCAUCAUGUGCUAUGACCGCUACGUUGCCAUCUGCAAACCCCUGCACUACGGGACCCUCCUGGGCAGCAGAGCUUGUGCCCACAUGGCAGCAGCUGCCUGGGCCACUGGCUUUCUCUAUUCUCUGCUGCACACAGCCAAUACAUUUUCCCUGCCCCUGUGCCAGGGCAAUGCCCUGGGCCAGUUCUUCUGUGAAAUCCCACACAUCCUCAAGCUCUCCUGCUCACACUCAGGCUACCUCAGGGAAAUUGGGCUCAUGGUGGUUAGUGCCUGUUCAGGGUUUGGUUGUUUUGUUUUCAUUGUGUUCUCUUAUGUGCAGAUCUUCAGGGCUGUGCUGAGGAUCCCCUCUCAGCAGGGAAGGCACAAAGCCUUUUCCACCUGCCUCCCUCACCUGGCUGUUCUCUCCCUGUUCCUCAGCACUGGCAUAUUUUCCCACCUGAAACUCCCCUCCAUCUCCUCCCUAUCCCUUGACCUUGCCCUGUCAAUUCUAUACUCAGUGGUUCCUCCAGUACUGAACCCCCUCAUCUACAGCCUCAGGAAUCAGGAGCUCAAGGAUGCCCUGAGAAAAAUGAUGACUGGAUGCUUUUCAGGAGCAGUAAAGUGCCGGUUGUCUGGUGCAUAG